GGCAAACCGACCGUCCACAUGCUUCUAGAUUCGUUAGAGGUAACCGCUGGACAGCGCAUUGGGCCUAGACAAGGCUCCGAAACAAGACAUAAGCAACAGUUUCCCAUGUUGCAAAGACUCUACGGCGCUGUGUAACUACAGUGGUAGCGGCAUAAUCGUUUUCGCUGGCUCUAGCACAGAUCCGCCCCUAUUAAAUCAGCACCGCCUCAAGAGGAAGUGCUGUUCGUAGGUUGACAAGAGGAGAAGGGUUUGCAGUGCUAAGGAAUAGUAUUAUCUAAUUACUGGUUACGUCAUAAACAACCCAGCAUGUAGCUAGCCGAUUGUGCCGUCGCGACGCGCAAAAACGGUUUGCACCAACUGGAGUCCAUCCUCAACGAACACGUCGACCACCCGCCAUCUCCCGCCCUGCCGAGGGUAAUACGCGUUCAUUUCCUCCGCUGCACGAUAAAUACUUCUGUCUCUGAUUUUGACGACUGCUCCGAACAUUUACGUUCAUAAUGGACUCCGAACUAAUCAACCUAGUCAACAAACUCCAGGACACGUUUAGCCACCUUGGCGGUGAGCUGGACAUGCCCCAGAUCGCUGUGGUGGGAAGCCAAUCUGCGGGAAAGUCAAGCGUACUGGAGACUAUUGUAGGACGCGACUUCCUUCCACGCGGUUCCGGCAUAGUCACCCGACGACCACUCGUCUUGCAACUAAUCCACACAGCCAAACCAGAUUCAAAGGGAAAUACGGAAUGGGGAGAAUUCCUACACGUACAGAAAAAGUUUACGGAUUUCGACGAGAUCCGCUCAGAGAUCGAGCAGGAGACAUUGAGAGUGGCAGGUCAGAACAAAGGAAUCAGCAGGUUACCUAUCAGCCUGCGGAUAUACAGCCCGAACGUCCUAGACCUCACGCUCGUCGACUUACCUGGUCUGACAAAGAUCCCAGUCGGUGAUCAACCUUCGGAUAUCGAGAAACAGAUUCGGAAUUUGGUGCAGGAGUAUAUUGCGAAGGAGAAUUGCGUCAUCCUUGCUGUCUCUGCUGCUAACGUCGACCUUGCGAACUCCGAGUCGUUGAAGCUCGCGCGACAGGUCGAUCCGCAAGGCAGACGGACUAUUGGUGUACUUACCAAGCUCGAUUUGAUGGAUGCAGGUACAAACGCACUUGACAUCCUCAUUGGACGUGUGUAUCCUCUUAAACUCGGUUUCAUUGGCGUCGUGAACCGGUCACAACAGGAUAUCAACUCGGGAAAGAGUAUGAAAGACGCACUUGAUAGCGAGAUGGACUAUUUCACAACCCAUCCAGCCUACCGAAACAUCUCGCACAAGUGUGGCACACGUUAUCUCGCCCGUACGCUUAAUCAUGUGCUUAUGAACCAUAUUCGGGACAAGUUGCCAGACAUGAAGGCUCGCCUUAACACGCUCAUGGGACAGACGCAGCAAGAGCUCAAUUCAUUUGGUGAUGCAGCAGUCUUUGGUGACAAGAACGCGCAGGGUGCUCUGGUCCUCCGACUCAUGACCCAGUUUGCCCGUGAUUUCGUCUCCAGUAUCGAAGGUACUUCUCUCGAAAUCUCGACCAAGGAACUCUGCGGUGGUGCCCGCAUAUAUUAUAUCUUCAAUGAUGUUUUCGGACACGCAUUAGAGUCAAUUGACUCUACUUCCGGACUAGACGCUCAAGACAUCCGAACGGCCAUACGUAAUUCUACGGGACCGAGACCUAGUCUCUUUGUACCAGAGGUUGCAUUCGAGAUCUUAGUGAAGCCACAGGUCAAGCUAUUGGAGGCACCGUCUCUAAGGUGUGUGGAGUUGGUUUAUGAAGAACUGGUCCGAAUAUGCCACAGUUGUGCGAAUACGGAAUUACUACGAUUCCCUAGACUACAUUCGCAGAUCAUUGAAGUUGUCUCUGAAUUGCUACGGGAACGCCUCGGGCCAACCUCUGAAUAUACCCAAAGCUUAAUCGACAUACAAUCCGCAUAUAUUAAUACGAACCACCCUGCCUUUGUGCAAAGCUCCGUAGCAGCGCAGAGACAGGCUACAUCGCCACCUCGGACAAGGAAGGCGCUGCCUCAAAGACCGUCAUCUACCGAGCCCGUAAAUGGCAUUUUGUCACAAGAUGAUGAAGAGGAUGAGGAUACAGAGAACGGCUCCGCUACCAUCAGUAGCACCCGCUCUGUCUCGUCGACGGUACAUGACCGAACGAAAAUAUCCGCCUCAGCACCAGCUUCAGGUCACGUCUCGUCAUCUUCCUCAACCACAGCCCGGCAAAUGCGAUCCCACCACCACCACCAUCAUAAUCCAGACAACUCCUCAAGACGCCCUUCCUCCACAACUCCAACUGUAGGAGGCGGAAGUACGAACAUCGCAAAGGAAACGUUCCUCAACUAUUUCUUCGGCCAAACGGAGAACGGAUCUGGGACCGGUGCGGCGGCCGCACCAGCCAUCUCUGGACCUGUUGGGAGUGUGGGACUAUCGGCGGCGAUGGUGUCUGGUGUAACACCAUCAGGACGAGACACCACACAAUCUGCGCCGCCGACGGGAUUAUUGGCGGGUAAAAUGGGACCCGAUGGGAAUAACGCUGCAUUUGAUAUGAAGAGUUUGGGGAAACAUAUUGAAGCUGUUCCGACCGAAGGUGCACCCCACCUCACGAUGCGAGAAGACAUGGAAACGAACCUCAUCCGAAACCUCAUCGCGUCGUAUUUCAAUAUCGUCAGGCAGACGAUUCAGGACCUCGUACCAAAGGCGAUUAUGCACUUCCUCGUGAACAACUCGUCGCAACAAGUACAGAACAGGCUCGUCGCGUCGCUUUAUAAGCCCGAUCUUUUCCAGAACUUGCUGAAUGAGGACGAGACGAUCGUUGCAGAGCGGACCCGCGUGAAGGCUCUUCUUGACGCAUACAAGGAAGCAUUCAAGACGCUUUCGGAGGUGAAUAUCAAGUCGAUUUGAGGCUUCCAUAGAUACGGUGGGUUUGGCGAUGGAAGGGGCACAUCGAAACACGAGCGCUAUACUAAGAUCUUAAUACACUGGUGCCCCACCUCUUGUUCUGCAAGUCAAAAUACAUACACUACAAAUUGAUGGAUUAUAGUAGACCUUUAAUUUCAGCUUGUAUUUUUCGUUAGGUUCAUGACAAUCACGCAUAUCCGAAAC